AUGGGUAGAGCACCAAAAAGGCCUGCCUCCUCCGCCAAUGACCAUGACCCGGCACGCCCAUCCCGGAAACCGAGACUAGGGGAGCGGUCCUGUGAAGGCUGCCAUCAGCGAAAGGUCCGGUGUGAUCGUGGAGUGCCUUGCGCCAAUUGUUCGAGGCAUGGUAUGACUUGCGUGUAUCCCGCAAGGGACCCAGAUGCGGCACGAGCAACUCCUACUCUCCGAGACAUAUCCACCUGUCUGAAACGACUGGAAAUCUUGCUCUCCCGUUUUGCUGAGAGUAGCGAUGCCACUGUCGAUGAUGGUGGCGGUAAUACCGAGUCUGAAAUGCAAAUCCAGGCUCGACCUGGUGCUAUUGAAACUGCUAGUCAGCAUCCAUCUGAUAGACGCCCAAACAAAUCAACUUGGGAGAUAUUAUUGAACAACUCUGAUAUCGAGCCAUUGCUACAAGAUGAGUCUGUUGGCUCGGAAACAGCGCCUUCGCCCCUUCGACGGCAUCACAGACUUCCUACGCAGCCAGAUGCUGGUGCUCCUCUAGACAGGGACUCCGAGCUACUGGAUUUCUAUCCUGAUGCCCAAUUAGCUCUUCGAUUAUGGGACGUGUACGUCAAAUCGGUCGAUCCGGUCCUUAAAAUCUUGCAUAUCCCAACGGUACAGGCUACUGUUGUGGCAACAAUUCUAGACCCCAGAUCUGCACAACCCUCAACGUUGGCGUUGACAUUUGCCAUCUAUUAUGCCGCCGUCACAGCUCUUUGUCACAGUGAUGGUGACGAGCCUGUUCACCUGCCGUGGGAGAAACCGGUCCUUUUGAAACGUUACCAGACUGCCUUGGACAGACUACUUGUGACCCCCGAUCUCAUGAGUCGACCUGAAAUAGCGGGUUUGCAGGCUCUAGCAAUUUAUGUAACCUGUUUACGAGCUCAUGAGCUUGGUAGCAGAGUAUGGGUCCUCAAUGGGCUGGCAAUCCGGCUAUCCCAAUCGAUUAGUCUGCAUCGAGACGGCACCUCCCUCAAGUUGAGCCCUUUUGAGACGGAGAUGCGUCUCCGUCUUUGGUGGCAUCUGUGUGUGCUUGACUCUCGCGCCCCGGAAGAUCAAGGGUUUCUAUCCACGGUUGAUCUGGCGAACCAGGAACUACGGCUGCCCUUGAAUGUGAAUGACGACCAACUCUACCCAGAUAUGCCACACUUUCCAGCAAAUUCGCAUUGCUGGACGGAAAUGUCUUUUUUUCUGAUCCAAACCGACUCGUGCCGGGUGAUACUUCCGAUCCUUGACACUCAACAGCAAUAUUCCACAGAUACUCUUCUUGACAUUAGAGAAAAGCGAAAAUUUAUUCGAGACCCUUACAAAUAUCUGUCAGCUAAAUAUGGUAUUUCACCUGGGUCUGAAACACUGACUGAUUUGCAGCGCAUUGCAAUUCAGCAUGUCACCACUGCCUGUAAGAAAAUGGAGUUUGUGCUGCAACUACGAGAAGAGAUUUGCAUGCGAAAGCAAAACGAGGGAAAAAAUGACGCGACCCCGGACGUGCUCAAGCUGUCUUUCAAGUUGGCAUGUGCCGGGCUGGAAAGCAGUCAUGAGUUGUUGAAGGAGGGUCUUGCUUGGAGGUUCAAGUGGUUCUUUAACAUGUACACGCAAUGGUACGCCCUGGCCUACGUUCUGCGCUGCCUCCGUAGCAGUCCAAUUGGGUUCGAGGAAGACCGUGCCUGGGCCUCGAUUGACGCGCUUUUUCCUCGCGACGGAACAAAUCUUCAGGGUUGUACGGCAACAAUUCAGGAUGAGCAUGGGCACGGCAGGAUCUGGAAGUUUCUCAAGCUGCUUCGACAUCAAGCUUGGUCGUUGAGACAGAAUUCCGAGCUACAAUCUAUGGCCACCGCAGAUAACCGGGCUCAGCUGUCCAGCAGCGGGAGGUAUUUUAAUUCCCAACUUCUAGAUGCCGACAACGACACUACAGUAGCAGAUCAUGGGACAUCCAUCCUCCCCGAAUGGGAUGACGAAUUCAUUACUAACUCUGCCUCUUCAUCUUUGGAUCUAUCGAUGCCGGAGAUUCCGUUUUUGCCGGAUUGGAAUGCGAUUAUCAACGGCCAGUAA